GGGAGAGGCCUGAGUGAGUGAGUGAGUGAAUAAAUGACAGAACGGAAACAGAAGGAAGCUCGAGUCCUCUGAAGCAGGCGGUCGACGUGAAUCGAGGGAAAAACCAUGGCUGUUAACAAGUGUAUCAAAUACCUUCUCUUCUUCUUCAACCUUCUUUUUUGGCUGAGCGGUUGCCUCAUCCUAGCCGUCUCCAUCUACCUGAGAGUCAGCAAGGGUGGAAACCAGAUCACCGAUCAGUACUUCCCUGCAGUCAACCUGAUGAUUGCCAUCGGCACGAUCAUCAUGGUUCUCGGCUUCCUGGGCUGCUGUGGAGCCUACAGAGAGAGCCGCUGCAUGUUGCUGCUGUUCUUCAUCUUCCUUCUCAUCAUCUUCAUCCUCCUGGUGGCAGCAGGCAUCGCAGGAGCUGUGAGCCAGAAUAAGAUGGAAGACUGGGUGAACAAGCAGUUGAAAGAUAUGUUGCCACUUGCAAAACAACCUGACACGGUGAAAAGUGACCUGAAGAAUCUGCAGAAAGAUCUCAAGUGUUGUGGUCUUGUGAACGGAAAGACAGACUGGUCUCCAGAUCCAUUCCCAGAAUCCUGUCGCUGCAACGUCACCAACAGUCCCACCCCUGUCCCCGGUGCUGAGUGUGGCUCAGAAGGUUACUACAGCACGCCCUGCUCCACCCGAAUCGUCAACCUGAUGAAGGAGAAUAUGGUGAUAGUGCUGGGAAUUGCCUUCGGCAUCGCCGUCCUGCUGAUUUUCGGCUUGGCUUUCUCCAUGGCUCUCUACUGUCAGAUCAGCAAGAAGGACGGACCUACCACCAACGCCUGAGGCACCAUCAUCUCUGCCCAAAUGUAACCACAAUAUAUCCUCUGCUAAUCUAACUCAUCCUGUGCUUUCACUGUGAAGAAGCGCACUGAGAUUAAAGCCUCUUAUACACUAGUAUGGAGUCCCAAUGGUUACCAAAAAAUAAACUCUAUAUAAUCUGUAUUUUGUGUAAAAGGCAUUAUGUUACCUGAAAUGAUAAAAUAGUUUGUGUCUGAGAAGCGGGCAGCUUUAGAAAUUACCCAGUAAAUGCAAAGUAAAUAACUGUAAUAUAAUUAACUGGUGUUGAUUUAGAAUUUCCCAAACCUUUAACUGUUAUGAGUAUGUUGGUUAUGAUUUGAUUGUGUAUUUGACGAUGUACGGAAGCCAAUUUAAGCCAAAAAUAUUUAGUCAAUAGCCAAGUUGGUGCACAAAAUAAAAAUUAGUUUCUCAUGUUCUCUUAAAA